GAUUUUUCUGCUUUACCUCAUUAUUACUACAGAAUACGCUUUGCUGUGUCCGAAGACCUAGACGAUGGCGACGUGGUGGGAGUCGUUACCGCCAAUGACUCUGACGUGGGUCUCGCAGGGAAAAUCCGCUACCGUAUCCAAUCUGAUGGUGAAGUGCCUUUACGAAUUCUUGCAAAUGGAACACUUAUCGUGGUUGGCGCGUUGGAUUACGAAGGGAAGAAGCGCUAUGUGUUCAAUGUCACGGCUACCGAUCGAGGACAACCACCGAGAAAUGCUAGCGCCCAGGUUGUCGUAGAUCUAUUGGAUGUCAACGAUAACCCACCCCUGGUUGACGACAAGGAGCUUGCUUAUGCGAUCACCUCUCUCAAUGACGUCAUUUGCCCUACAGUAUCCGACAUCGACACUCCUCUCGCUGACCUUGACUUUUUUACCGACAACCCCAACGUCACCACCUCUGCUCAUCAUGGUUGCCUGAAAAUCAAUGAUACAGUACCCUCAGCAAUCAACUGGACCGUAUCUGAUGACCAUCAAUCAAUAACUGUAAAACUGAACUUGCUGGAUAUGAUUCCAAAGCAACCGCAGAUUUCGGACAUGAAUGUGACAGCAUUCUGCAUAUCAAAAGGAGCGGCGCUAACGAUAUGCGGACGGUUAAGAAAACUGCAUUACAGUAUCCCUAUGGAGAUAACCUGCGCCAAUAUGACAACAUCACGUGCCGCGGUGUCGAUUACCGUAACCCCAGCACCUGCUGAGCACGCCCCCGUGGUCGGAUUUGUUCGCGAAAACGCGCCCUCUGCUGUGAUUGGUCAGCUGGGUGACAGGAAAAACCAAUCAAAGAAGGUCGUCUACCAUAUCGGAGAUAAGCGACUCAGAGAGGUAUGCAUCUUUCCUAACGGUAUUAUAACAGACGCUCAAGACUUUGUGCCUUCCAGCUCUUUGCUAUAUUACCCGAUGGUUCGCUAUCUACACUGA